AUGAUCACUGUAAAAAAUCGACAGCACGACGUCGCAUUCGAUCUUCUUAAUUUACUCCGUGAUUUAAAAUUUACACUGUUUGAAAACACAGAAAUGAAUCUCUUUAAGUUUAUUGAUUCUGCUCAACUUACAUUAGGUCAUCUAGAUGUGGCUGGUUCACUCGAAACCUGUAUUGCUUAUCUAUCUUAUCUUUUCAAAACUCACGACGUAAAUGAUUAUGAAUAUGUUUCAGAAGUCUCCAGUUAUCUUGACAGACUUUUACAAGAAAAUCAUUUUACAAUACAACUUUCGGAUGUUGCAUUCGUUCUUCGCUAUUUGAAAAAUCAAGCAAAACCAGAAGAUAACGGCAAUAACUCAGGUGUGAUUCGACAAAUUCAAUGCAUUUUUGAAAAAAGUGAUCGAUUGCGAACCGAGAUCGAACAAUAUUUCAAGAAUAAUAACAAUCAAUUUUCCUUAAAUGAUCUUCCUCUUAUUAGUGAUAUUAUUUUUCAUUGUUACAAUGAUUCUUUGUUGUACGGUAUUGAUCGUCGAAAAUUUAUUUUAGAAACAUUAAUCAAACGAAAUGAUAGUACAAUAAUAUAUUUUCUCAAUUGGUUCAAAUUUUUGCUUUGUACAUCACCUUCAAAUUGGAUGGAUUAUAAUAAAUUACUUAAAGAAUGGACAAAGUGUUUCGUUGAUAAUCGAGACAUAUUCUUCAAUAUCAUUAAUCAUACAGAUAAUCUCAUCCAACUUUGGGCAAAAGCUACAGUAAACAAUGCUCAGUCUUGUAAUUUUUUUAUUGAACAUAUGAUCGAACAAUGUUUCAAUCAGGGAAUUAUAUCGAAAAGUAAAUGUAUUGAAAUACUCUACUUUACAAUUUUACAACUUAAAACAUUUCAAAGUUUAUUACAAAAUGUAUGUGACGACGAACGAAGUCCUAUCAAAUGUAUUCUUCAACUAUUUCCAGAUGAACAAAAAGCUAAAAAUGAUGUAAACCUGUUGAAAAAUUUACUUGAAAUAACAUCAUUAUCAUUAAUUGAUACAAUUAUUUUAUUUUGGACGAAUCGUUCUCGUAUUCAGCAUACUUGCAAGGGUUUGAUAAAUUUGAAUAAGAAAGUUUCUUUUCAGAUUGAUUCAAACUUCUUGGAUAAUGUUUAUCAUAUCAAAGAAGAAACGUCAAUCAUCGAAUGCGCUUCAAUAUAUGAACAAUAUCAAAAUAGAUUUGACGUACCAUUUUCAACCGAUAUCCUAAAAUUAAUCUCUUAUUAUAGUUCGGCAUCGCAUUUAUUUGACUUUCUUCAUUCAGUUACAACCUACGAUAUUUGUAAUUUGCAAGAAGCUGUCAAUGAUUGGGAUGAAACACUAGUGAAUACCAAGACCAUGUUUGAUAUUGCUACUGUGAAGAAUUUUCUUGAUCGUUCUUAUGAAGCAAUCAGAAUCAAACGUCAAGAAUUGGCAGAUACACCAUUGCAACUCGAACAUAUUAUCAUAUGUUUCGAAAAUAUAAAAAAUAAUGAACAAUUUAAUGAUCUUUUCAAAUGUAUUGAAUCAUCUUCAGAUGAGAUGUCAAGUAUUACACGUAUUCAUUUGGAAUUAACAGAUAAAGAAAAAUCUAAACGACGUCAAAUCGCUGAUAUUUUACGAAAUUCAAUCGUUGAUUUUAGUUAUGUUGCUUAUAAUGAUUGUAUAUUUGACGUAAAUGUUCGACUUCAAAGUCAAAAGAUAAGCAGUAACGUUGAAACGAAAACUUCCAAAAUCACUUUUAUUGAUUUGAGUGAUUUACGUGAUCGAGUUCGUCUACUUGAAUAUUCAAGCAAUAUCAGUAAACGUAAUUUGUCUAGUAUGAAUAGUGAAAAUGAUAUAGAAAAUUUGCGUAAUUUUAUUCGAUUUGUCGAUGUUAUCGAGUCAACUUUAGAAACUUUGAAAAUGUUAUACGUGACAGGUCAUCUAUCUUUUUCAGAGUUUACUUAUCAUAAAAAGCAAAAUAUAUUUUCAUUUUCAUGUAUUGAUGGUGAAUAUGACAAUCUGUGUGAGAAUGAUAUCAAGUUAACUAAUUUAUUCAAUGAAUGGGAUAAGAAAUUAUGUGCGAUGUAUAAAAAACACAUUGAUUUGACAUAUUUUUCAUGUAAUCAAUUUUGGUUAAUUGAAGAUUAUAUCUAUCAUAGGCAAUCAGUGUCUCAUCCAGGUUAUCAUCUUCUUAAAUACAUUGGUAUUAAUCCAGACUCAAUUGAGCAACCAUCUAAACGGCGAUCCAAUGCUGAAGAUCGAUUGGAUGAUCUUGGAUAUUUACUCUCGCAACAGGAGCAUGAAUGUCAUAAAAUAUGUUCUAAUUUAGAAAAAGCUCAACUCAUUGAAACAACUCCUGAAGGUAUUCUUCGUGCCAUUUUGUCACUAUGUGCUUUGAUGAAAACUCCAGUAUAUGUCCAUCAUAUUUUCUAUUGCACAAAAAAUACCGAUUGGAUUCAAAUUCGUGCAUUUGUUUAUCGUUGUUUCUAUUCGCAAUCAUUACAAAUACUUAUUCAGCCGGAAAUUCUCUCACAAGCAAUUCAAGAUCAAUUUGUUAGUUUAUUGUGUGAUUUACGUGAACAUAAUUCUGAACAAAAAUUUCAUCUAGGUAUUAUUACGACAACUACAAUAACAAAUCAACAAUUAAUUAAUGGUCUUCAGUCAAUGCAAAUUCUCAAGCUUUUACGUGAUCAAGAACUUUUACAUAAUACUGAUUUACAAAAGAAUAUUUAUCGAUUAAUUCAAAACUGUACAAUUGUAACAUCAAAAAUCGCUGGUCUAGGUAAAUCAAGUUUUAUUCGUCAUGAAAUUGAACUAUCAAAAAAGAACUAUAUUAAAUUUCCGAUUUAUGGUGAUUUUGAUGCUGAUACAUUAGCUGAACGAUUACAAUCGAAAUUUUCUCAAUUAAAGACAGGAGCAAUUCAUUUUGAUAUUGGCUUAAUUGAUAAUAUUCAACAACUGAAUCAAAUUCUCUAUUGUCUUCUUCUUUUUGGAAGUUUUCGAUUUGAACAAGUAGCUGCUUCCAUUCCAAGAGAGACUUCUGUGUUUAUCGAAUUAGGUAUAUCACUUGAAUCAAUACUGACUCCACUAACAUUAUUUAAAUAUGUUAAUCGACGAAUAACGCUCGAUCAGAUCGAAUGGAAAACUCUUAAUAUCACAGAUCCUAAAAUUCAGACAGUAGCCAAAUAUUUACAAGCAAUCGACAGUGGAACAAUCAUCAAAGAAAAUAUUGACCCGUCAACAUUCUCAUCCUUAGACUUAAACAUAUGCUCUCGCCUUAUUUCAAGCUAUUUUCUUUCAAGUAAAGAUUCUAAUCAUGUCAAUUGGACACAACUAUCAAUAUUUGUUGCCGUCUUUAAUCAUCUAUUUACAAGCUUCUCAUAUUGUGGUUACUUUAGACAAGAGUAUAUUCCAAACCAACAACUUCGGAUGGAUCUUGUUAGAAUUCUGCUUGCAUGUUCGAACCAAUUUACUUCACUCUCUGUCGACGCCGUUCGCAAACAACAGGAGGCAGCUAUCACUGAUAAAACUAUUUCACUUGACGAUGCCAUUCUUCGAUGGGAUAAAAUUCAACCUUUUACACUAUUUUUCACGUCUACACAUGAACCACUCUUUGUCUACAAGAGUCCAGCUAAUGUACCCAAAGUAUUAAAAGAUUAUUUUAAGGCUUACUAUAAGGUAUUGAAACAAGACAGAAUGAAUGAAAGCAGCAUGUUUCCAGAUUAUGCAAAGCUUGAUCAUGCUCAAUUAUUCAUUAAAUUAACUUCACUUUUACAAAAAUAUAUUAAUAAAUCAAUUUGUCUAAAAUGUUUUCGACAAUAUGAAUUUCAAGAACAAGAAUGUCAAAAUACAAAAUGUACAGUGAUCAAAAAUAAACUUGAGAGACCCAAAUCUUUUGAUGGUGAAGAUGUUAAACAAUUUCAACUUCUCGUUGCAAAAGAACUUCAAAAGCAAUAUAUUCUUACACCGGAUAAUUUUAUGAAAAUACUUCUUAUUUAUAUGCGAGUACAGAGUGGUGUUGCAGUUAUUGAAAAAAAAACAACUUUUGUUUUAGGUUGUGGGAAAACGACAUUGAUUCAAUUUCUAUGUCAGAAAAUUUUAGAUGAUGAAUUAAAAGUUUUUCGAAUACAUGCAGGAGUAACAGCAGAUCAAAUCGUCAAAACAAUUCAAGAAUACAUUAUUCAAGCAGAAGAAUGUGCGAAGCAAGGAAAGCGCUUAUGGGUUUUUUUUGAUGAAUUUAAUACAACGACGAAUAUUGGUCUUUUAAAAGAAAUUAUGUGCGAUAGAACAUUACUUGGCGAAAUAUUACCAUCCAAUAUAGUAUUUUUGGGUGCUUGCAAUCCUCUUCGCCAAAGAACACAUCGAAUUAAGCUAAAUAAUGAUCCUGAAGUUGGUCUACGUAAAAACCGUUAUGAGAUGCAGAAAUUAGCUAAUCAACGUCUUUUAUAUACAGUAGUACCUAUUCCAGAAACAAUGCUUGAAUAUAUCUGGAACUACGGUCAUCUAGAUGAGUCUACUGAGAGAGCCUACAUCAGAACGAUGCUAAACACAUGCUGCGAUCUGUCGUCAAAUUCAGUAUUGUUGAAUCUUACUCUUAAUAUGCUCGUGGAGUCUCAUGAUCACUAUCGUAAGCUUGAAGAUGUAAGUAGUGUAAGUUUGCGUGACAUUGCUCGUUUUUGUCGACUUUAUAAUUGGUUUCUGAACUCAUUGACUCAACGUGAUUACAAAGAUCAACCUCAUAAACUUUCUCUCCGAGCGAGUUUACUUGCACUGAUGCUUUGUUAUUACUUCCGGUCGCGUUCAAGUCAAUUACGACAAAUCUAUAUAGACAAGAUGGAAUAUAUAAUGAAAAAUUCUAUAGGACAUCUUAUUGAAGAGCCCAAUAUUUCUCUUAACAACAUCCUCGAGUCUGAGCAAAAGAGAUUAAUCGAUGAAAGGAUGAAAAACUUACCGCCGGGAAUAGCUCUUAAUCAAGUAAUUCGUGAUAAUAUUUUCGUUAUUCUUAUUUGCAUUCUUAAUCAUAUUCCUGUCUUUUUGUGUGGUAAACCUGGAAGUAGUAAAUCAUUAGCAGUCCAAACUGUUAUUAAUAAUCUCAAAGGCAAGAAAUCAAGUGAUACAUACUUUCAACAGUUACCUGAACUUGUAGUAGUCUCCUUUCAAGGUUCACAAAAUUGUACAUCAGAAAGUGUUACUAAAGUUUUUGAUCAUGUUACGAAAUUCGCUCAAGUAAAAGGUACUCCUGACUUAUUACCUGUGAUCGUCUUCGAUGAAAUUGGUCUUGCUGAACUAUCACCACACAAUCCACUCAAAGUACUACAUGCUGAACUUGAAGUAGAAGUAUGCGGAUUUGGAUUUGUUGGUAUAUCAAAUUGGCGAUUGGACGCAUCAAAAAUGAAUCGUGCACUCUAUCUAUCAGUUCCUGAACCUGACAUUAAUGAUUUAUCUGUAGCAGGUAGAGCCAUAUCUCAAGCAAUGACAUCAAACAUACCAAAUGAAGAAAAUAUUAUCAAAAGUCUUGCUAAAGCUUAUCAUGAUCUUCGUACAAAUCUUGAAGGCAUGCAACCCGAUCAUGAAAAUUAUUUUGGUCUUCGUGAUUACUAUUCGCUCAUCAAAGGUAUUAUGCGUGAUUUGGUAACAGAAAACGAUCAAACAAAAAUUUAUGAAAUAAUUCGGCGACAACUUAAAAUUAACUUCGAUGGUAUACUCGAUAGUUCAUUUCUGUUGUGGCAACAGUUCUGUUACGAUAUCAAUAAAGAACAUCUUUUAAAUGAAUAUCGUUGUCCUACUUUUGAUUUUCUUCUUGAUCAAGCUCUCGACGUUCGAUCAGGUCGAUAUCUUAUGCUUAUUGCUGACAAUGAAAGUAUGAUUGAUUAUGUUGAACGUUAUAUCUGUGUUCAUCAACAGAAGAAAAACAUACCUAUACGCACACUUGUAGGGAGUUCAUUUCCCGGUGAUUUACUUUCUAGCAAUACCUAUGCCGAACAAUAUAAUUAUCGAAUCUUAAUGGAUAUUAUUCUUUAUGCUGAAAUGAAUGUUACUUUAAUUAUGCGUCAAAUGGGUCAUCUCUAUGAUAAACUCUAUGAUCUUUUUAAUCAAAAUUAUGCUGUUUCAGCAAAAAAACAAUAUUGUCGUAUUGCACUCGGUCCACUUUAUCAUCCACGUUGUCUUAUCAAUGAUAAUUUUUAUUGUAUUGUUUUUAUUCAUAAACAAGAUUUGGACAAAUGUGAUCCACCUUUUCUUAAUCGUUUCGAAAAACAUUAUAUUGAAAUUCAAACAUUAGUUCAUCUACAACAUCAAUUAUUAACUCGUACAUUACAUGCAUGGCUUGAAAGUCUCAUACCGAAAAAUCUCGGCAAGCAUUUUCCUCUCAUACAACAUUUGUUCGUCGAUUAUAGUCCAGAUAGAAUCUGCAAUCUUGUUAUUAAAGCUUUUGAACAACUAAAUAUUCAUAUCGAUGACCAACAAACCGACGAGCAAGGUGCAGCAAUUCUUAAUUAUUGUCGAGAACAUUUGAUGCAUACAAGUUCCUUCGAUUUACCUGUAGUUCUUUCAUUAAAUUCAACUUCUAACAAUCAAAUGUUGAUCAACCAAUAUUAUGAUAAACAUCAAUCAGUCACUUUUAAAAAACUUAUUGAACAAUCGUUAGAGAAAAAUCAGAUUGAGUCUAAGAUAAUUUACACAUAUACUCAAAUUUUUCACCAGAUCAAUAUAAUACCAAGCGUCGAAGAAGUCAAACUAGGUGCUUUCAAAACAGAACUUGAAUUUACAAAGAAAAUUAAACAUCACUAUCAGGCAUCAACAAACAUACGUCUUCUCUUAAUUCGAGUCGAUUAUCAUUCUGAACAACAGCAUAUUCUUUCAUUGAAACAUAUCCUACUCAAUCAACAUGUAUCAAAAAGUAAUCGAGGUGUCUGGAUUUUAUUUCAUUUACAACGUAAUCUACUUAAUCAAGUAAACAAUGAUAUCUUGUUCAAUGAUUGGUCUGUUUACAUGAUUGAUGAUCUUCAUGAUCGAGAACUUAUUUCAAGAGAUAACUUAGAACAUCCCUCUUAUUUUAAUCUUGUUUUACAACCAAAAUAUCGUUUAUCUAGAUGUGCAUUCGAUCGUCUUGUUGAUCAAAGUCUAUCGAAGUUUCGCUAUAGAGUUUUUCAAACAAAUUUCGAAGGACGAAUUAUCCAAAGACGUAAGGAACAUUUUGAACAAUUAAUUAAACCUUAUGAUAAUUCAACAAUCAAUAAUCUUCAUCUUCGUUCUAUUGUGGAAAAGUACUUUAUGAACUUGAUUGAAAAAAACAUACUACCUGCCAAUGCAGGUUUCAAGGAUUGGCGACUUGAUCUUUUGACAAAUGGUUUGAUAACUGCUGGUUCUCGCUCAUUUCAAGAUGCUUUUCAAACGACUAUUUCAAACUUUUAUGAAGUUCAUAUGUCUCUUCUUUUGGCUCACCUUGAAAAAUAUAAUCUCAUUGAUGCUCAUAUCUUUCUUAGUACUAAAGUUCAUGACGAAAAGAUUCAAAAAUAUUUAUCACAAUUAUGGGAAAAUUGUUUCACAUCAACAUUGGAAAAGAUCGAUGUAACAAGAAUAAAUGUUGAUAUAAUUGAAAUUCCACUUGUUUUCGAUCUCAAAUUGCCUUGUGCAGCAGCUGAAUACAAAACUAUUCAAUCUAUUCGAGAGAGAUAUGAACAUUUGAAAAAUUUUUCUUCCGAUAAAAUUGAUGAUUUUCUCGAUCAAGUUCAUACAUCGAGUUUCUAUGGUGAAGAUUUUAUUGAACUUAUUGCCAAUAACGAACAAUUAUUUGAAUUUUAUUUUCAUGAUCAAAUUCUCAUGCAUUUAAUUGAAACAAAAAUUCAUCUUUCACCGGAAUUUGUUUAUGAAUUAUUAACAAGUAAUCCGAUUCGAUCAUUCAAACAAUAUAAACGAGUGCUUUUAGUUGAAUAUAUCGAAUUCACAGAUAUUCUUCGUUUAUUCGAAACUAGUUUACAAUUAAUUAGUGAAACAAAUAUUCUCGACAUAAUUCGUAACCAAUUCAUUGAAAAUCCAAUAGGACAGAUCAAAUCAUCAGAAUUUUAUACACUUGUCCUGGCCAAUCAGCAAUUCUAUCAAUUACCACCAAAAACAACGAUUAUUGAGGAUCAAUGGAAAUUUGAAUGCAAUGGCAAUCCAAUAAUUGAAACUAGUCUAAUGAAUUUAAUUGAAUAUAUUCUUUCACCUUCUGUUAUUGAUCAUGCUAUUAAUAUUCAGCAAAUCAUAACUAUCUAUAGUUUGAUUGCACAAGGUAUUUUUGAUCUAUCAUCAUAUUGCGUUAAUAAUCUCGAGAGACUUCGCUCAUUUAACAGUCUUGUUCGUUGCCUUACUGCUAUACUCUCGGAUAAAGCUCUUGAUGUUCUCAAAGAUGUUUCUAAGACUGAUUUGAAUGCUAAAUUCACUGAUUGUUCGUCAAUUAGGUAUUUUAUCAAAAAUCUCGAAAUUAAGAUUAAUCAAGAACAUUCCACCGUAGAUAAAAAUAUUGUUCAUGAAGCAUUAGUCAAGCUUGAAAUCGAAUUUAUAAAACAUUGGUUAGCUGACAAUAUCGAUUUAUAUGGUAUCAUUUUCACACUAUUGAAUGGACAAAGGAAUGAUCUUUGGCGUUAUUCAGCGAGAAUUUUUACUAUUAUUAUUGAUCAAAAAUUAAAAUUAAUUUCAACAUUGAAAGAAAAUCAUGGAAAACUUCUUGUAAGUGAUGAAUAUACAAAUUUUAAUGAAUCACUCAAAAUGCAGGCUGAUCCAUUGAAAAUACAACGAUUGCUGGUGAAUCGAAUUCAUAUGCAUUUGAUGUUAGAUAUUCAAGGGGAUGAAAUUGAUGAACGACUUAACGAAUAUUAUCCGUAUUUUGAAGAAAAUUUCAAUGCAAUUCAAAGUCAAAAUCAUUUACCUACUGGUCAGUUCAUUUCAUGUAUCGCCUGGUUAAAAUUUUAUGCUCAAAUGUAUGCAUUCGCUUUGCAUAAUGAUAAUAAAGGAGAGGUUAUGAAUCGUAUCAAUAGCUUUCUGACAAUGACGAAUACUCCGUUCGGUUCAACAUUGAAAUUAUUUAUUCUCAAACAACUUCUACAAACAUCUGAAUUCACUCUAAAUGGUUUACAUGAUGUCUACAUUAAUCGCAAUGUUUCAUGGAUCAAACUAUUUCUUCAAUAUUUACGGAGCCCACAAGUUCGGAAUAUUAAUCAACAAUUUGUUUUUCUUCCAGUCCCAGGUUUUGAAUGUAGAACUGCAUUCAAACAUUUUAGAAAAGCUUUCAUUGAAUUCAAUCAAAUCAAUCAAAUUCGAGAAUUAAUUUCCGAAUGUGACACCAAACAAGAAUCAGCUUAUGCUUGUCUAUGUUGGUUCAUUCAAUAUUACUACCGUACUACAUUACUGAAUACAAGUAUUGACAAUACUUUCCGUCAACUUAUCGAAUAUAAUUUUCGUGAUGAUUUAAUUCGUUCAUUCACAUUACUUGGUCACAAAUUUAUUAUUUGUUUAUGUUCGAAUUUUUCAAAUGAGUCUUACUUCCGACUACAUCCUAAUAUGACACCACUUGAAGUUCACAAACGAUUGCUCGCUUUAAAUAUUGUAGCUGUCUUUAUUUCAUUCAGAUCACGAUCAGAAAUUACUCUUCUGGGUAAUAUCCUCUUUGAUGCUAAACGAAAAAUGCCUGCUAAAUAUAUUCAACAUCUUUCUUCUAUCUAUUUGCCUGGUUUAACUGUCAGUGAUUCUCCUCAAGAUCAAAUGCUCAUAGUUGAGAGUCUUCAAAAAACCAAUGACGAUAUCAAUCGAUACAAUCAAGCAUCUCGUUUGGGAUAUUACGUUGUGAAGAUGGUAGAAACGAGUACUUUGUACGAAAAACCUGAUCAUUUAGAUAGACCUUUGUCAUUUCGUUUUGUUCACUUUCUUACACAUGGCCUCCUGUUGUUUUUAUUCGAUCAGAGCUAUUUGACUGAAAACGACCUCAAAGAGCAUCUCAAACUACCAACAAUCACUUUUUUUCGUGAUCAUUUCGAAAAGGAUUACACUUUACUCGCGAAAGCUUCAACAGAUAGUCACCAAUGUUACAUUUGGCUCUACAAACUACUUAGUCAUCUCGUUAGUGAGCCUUUCGCUAAGCAAGGCUUAAUAAAUACAAAUGAAAAUGUUAUUGAAAUCGAAAAAUUGAUCGAACAGAAACUCCUGUUUGAACACAUCAAUUCCAUAACUAGUGAAAUUAUCAAAUACAAGACAGAUUAUGUUGAACUCAUGACAGAUCAUAUCACUGAAUCAUCAUCAGAAAAUAUCAUUGACGAACUAUGCGAAGACAAAGAUAAAUUUCCACAUUUGCAUUUUUUCAAUGUAACUAAGUUUUAUACAUCGAAUCCACUUGAUGAAUUCAUCUUAAAACUUGAAACACGUCCUUAUGCUGAACAAAUCUAUCCAGUUACAACAUUUCUUCUUAAACAUCUAGAUGAUUAUACCAAUAUAAAACAUCUGUAUCCAAUUGUAUAUUUUACUAAUUACCUUAUUGAAAAAUUCAAUCACCGAAUUAAACGAUCUGAUGCUAUUGAAAAGAAAAUUGCCUAUUAUUUAAAAUCAGACAAAGAUCGAGAAAUAACACAGAAACUCUUUAAUAAAUUUCUAGAUGCAUGGUACGUAUUAGAUUUAAAAGAACUUCGAUAUGGUUGUCAAUCGGCUAAAUUCGAACGAAAUGUUUCGAAACAGGACUUCGCCGAAAAUACUAGUUUAGCGAUGCUCCUAUUGAAUCAAUCGAGAGAUGAUAGCAGUUUUCUUCUUCUUGCUUGUUUGAAAACACUUGCCGAAAUGCAAAACAAAAUUGUCAACUAUUUUGACGAAUCUAUUGAAUGUGCAGGUAAAACAUUGAUACGUAGAAAAUGUGUUCCGCUACAAUCAAUUCGACCAGAACAUAUUUUUUGUUAUGAUCGAAAUGAAUUGAAUAUAAAAUUGGUUUAUGAUAGUCUUGUUCUCAAUUAUGAAUAUGGAAAAGGCAAAGAAGCUAUCUAUGAUUAUGAAGAAAUUGAAGUAACACUUAGAAAUCAGAUCAGUUCUUUAGUUUUGAUCGAUACGGAUAAAAUACAUUUUCUAACUUAUCAGUUUGAAUUGUAUGGUGAAAAUACAUCUCUAAUCAAUGAUGUACGUGCUCGCAUCAAACAAGAACGAUUACCAAAUGAUGAUCGGACAAAAUUAUAUCGUUUUAUUCAUGGACUGUUUAACGAUGAUGUUCUCCAUUAUCUUGGUUCACUUGAUUACAUUUUUACCUAUUUAGGUAAUGAUGUUGUAGACAAGACAGCAAGGAAUAUGACAAUUCAAUCAUUUGUCGAUCGUUAUAUUACUACAUAUGCUUGUUUGAACGAUAAUAUUGUUUCGCGAACACAAUUUUCCACGAUUGAAUUGCGAUAUAUUAUUGAUUUAUAUGAAAUACUUGAAGAAAAUGCCUUUGAUCGGAUUCUACGUACUUAUAUCAAAAAAGAACUUCAAGAAGAGUCAUUCAGCAAUGAAGAACGACGACAAGUUGUUGAUCGAUUCUGUCGUGCAACAUUUAAAAAAGAGACUAUUGCUCCAUCACUCAAAGCUAUUGAUUGUUGGAUUUCGAUGCUCAAACGCUUGAUGGUACGUGUUCUCACUGCCAAUGUGAGCCUAGAUGGCCCACUUGAACUUUAUCUACAACGAACAGAUUUAUGGAAUGUUCCUAUAGAUGAUGCUGCUCUAGAAACAUUUCAAGUCGAUAAUGACAUUUUACUAAAACAUACCUAUGUUAUUCUCAGUGAGUUAGAGAAACAAAAAAAUGGGCACGGUGAACAACAACAAAGAUCAGAAAUACAAAGUACUGAAGAACAGCGUCGAAGACUAGAAGCGUGGAACAAAAAUAUGACGAAGCCAAUCAAUGGCCCUAAGCAGAUCACGAAUAAGCCUAAGUUUCGUUAAUAGUUUAUGUAACAUUUUCUUCUCACAAUAAACUCGAAAUUAAUUAUUUUCUUUAAAUGUCAUUAUGAGCGUGAAAGAUAUUGAUAUCACUGACAUUGUAGGGAUGCGGGUGUGGGGUUGAACUGUGGAUAUUAGUGCAAUUCUUCUCUUUAUCGAUAGCUAUGCAACACCCGUAACCCACCAGAAUAUGUCUGCAUAAGUCAACGACUAUUUCUAGCUAUCUAGCUCUGUAUAUCUCUGCUGUUUUUGAAUCAUUUUCUACUGUGAAAUAAUGCAAUGAAAUGAUUUUUAUUUAUAAUGUUUAGUUAUUGUAUAGGAAUAUUUGUCAGAGACAGCAGUGGACAAUAGUACGAAGUCGUUGGGGAAAUUGUUCCCGUUUAUGGAGAAAUGCUUCACCCCACAUAAAAUCGUGCAGAACAAGGAGAAAUGGAAAGAAAGAAAAAAAAUAUAUAUGUAUGUACAUAUAAUCUAUUAUAUGAUAUUGUGCAUAUACUUGAAUUUAGAGGUAAAUGGUUUUUCUUUCAGAGAGAAAUGGUUCAACAAGGAGAAACGGAAAGAAAGAAAAAUAUAAAUAUAUAUAUAUACAUAUAUAUAUUAUUUGAUAUUCUGCAUCUACUUCAAUUUAAAGGGAAAUCUUUUCUCUUUCAGAGUCCUGAUGAUUAGUCCUCUGUUGUUCUAUUUUCAUUUUAACAUAUGCGUAUACAUAAGAAACAAACCUUUUCUGCUAGUAGACACUUCAAUAACUGAAUUUUCACUGCUUUCGUCACCGGAAGCCUCGAAGAGACAAAAUAAAAUAAUCGACUUCUCUUUGAAUAGAUCCAUUUCUCUUUAUAAAUAGAGAAAUCGAUGAAGCAUUUCUCCUGCUAUUUAAACCAUAUCUGCUGGAAAUAAUCCAUAUCUGCUAGAGAAUUCUAUAUAAGAGACAAAAUAAAAUAAUCGAUUUCUCUUUGAAUAAAUUCAUUUCUCUUUAUAAAGAGAGAAACGGAUGAAGCAUUUCUCCUGCUAUUUAAACCAUAUCUGCUGGAAAUAAUCCAUAUCUGUUAGAAAAUUCUAUAUAAGAGAGAAAAUAAAAUAAUCGAGGGUAGGUGUGGGUGUGGGUGUGGGUGUCGGCGUGGGUGUGGGUGUGAGUGUGGGUGUGGGUGGUGUGGGUGUGGGUGUGGGUGUGGGUGGGGGGGUGGGUGUGGGUGGGAGUGUGGGCGGGG